GCAGCAAUUCAUACACAAUUGAUCGUCCCCGUCCAUAUAACCGCUGAAAAAAAGGAAAAAAAAUGGCCGAUGACGACGACCGCGUUGACAUUUCCAACGAGACGCUUGCCUCUUUGGUGGGUCGACCGAUGAGCUCGUCGGGCAAUCGGAUUCGAGCCACCCCAUCCAGACGGCGGCUGGUUUCUGCGCCGACGAACCCGAGGUGGUCACCAUCCGCAGACGAUCGGCGUCUUUUUUCAUAUGUCUCGUCGAUGCGGUCGGAUAGUAACAGUAGCAGCAAGUCACCAUCUCCACCGUCGGCCAAAAUGUCUAAAAGGCCGAAUGGCCCGUACUCUGUUAGAAAAUAUCAGCCCCGCGGAUCCCCACCCAGUGACGGCAGCGACAAAAUUCACAGAUUCGGAGAGAGCCCAACGCCCGGUGGUGUCGGUGGUGUAUUUGGCACAGAGCUUGACGACCUGAUCAUUGAUGAGCUCAUGGGCAUGGAAGAUGAUCAGCGAAUGCGUCCAGGAGCGACACGACCGAUGACGAUUGGUGGAGAAAAAACCAUGUCGAUGGCAAGACCGAUUCCAGGCGCCAGCUCCCGGGCUGGCUCAGGACACUCUGGAAGCCCGAUCACAAUUCCAAACGCAAUGUCGAACAAUUUCAGACAGGUCGUCUCAAGUUCGGCGCCGACGAGUUCGAUCGACAUUGAGAAGAUGAUUGGCGCCGUGUCGAACGGCGGUGGGAAUAGUGGCGGUGAUAAUGAUCCGGAGGACUAUUACCGCGACCGCAGGAAGAAGGACAUUCACAAUAUGAUUGAACGCCGACGAAGAUAUAAUAUAAAUGACAGGAUUAAGGAGCUCGGACAAAUGUUGCCGAAGAACACAUCAGAAGACAUGAAACUCAACAAAGGAACAAUUCUAAAAGCCUCGUGUGACUACAUCCGAGUGCUCCAAAAAGAUCGCGAGCAAGCGAUGAAAACCCAACAGCAGCAGAAAUCGCUGGAAUCGACGGCUCACAAGUACGCCGACCGGGUGAAAGAGCUCGAGGAGAUGCUCGCCAGGCAGGGAGUGCAGGUCCCGCCAUCGCAUCUUCCACCGAUCCCGAAAGUGAUCGAGCGACCGAUUAAGCAGGAAAUCGACGAGUCGCCACCAAAUCACACGCCGACCGGAUCGUUUGUGUCCUCAUCCGGCUUCCUAUCCGAGGUGACAAACAACACCGCCGCCAUGCAGAUCACAUCGCCGAACGACUCGCGCCCGAACAACUUCAUGAACAACUCGGCGCCGUCGGACAGCUUCUUCUCGGUCGGAUCGGCUAGCCCGCCAGAUUAUAGUGAGCCAAUCUCUCAAUCAUUUCAUGCACGUGGUUUUCUUCUGGAGCCAAUUUGUGAAUUCUAGGGACGAGCAGCGGCACCGCGUCGUGGAAGCUGCCCGGAUCGAACGCCUUCUCCGACCUCAUGAUGGACGAUCUCAACCCAAUGAUGAACGGCGAUCCACUCAUCUCAUCGGCCGGCGCUCAUCCAUCACCACACUUCCACAGCUCACAAAUGUCACCAGACAUUCAUUGGGACGCCUCUGGCUUCUCCCCAGACCCGAUCAACACCCAACAGUCAAACUCGGGUCAUUAUCACAUGGACUUUUCGUAAACUCUCUGCACCUGCGCCGCCGUUCCUGUACAUACAUUUGCCCGUUCCCAAGUGUUUUUUUUUCAAAUUUCGAUUCGUCAUACUCAUAUUCUAUCAAUCCAAUUGUGAUCCCACCACGCAUCGCGUUCUGUCACCUCAAUCCUUUUCUUAAUUGUUCUUUUGCCCCCCAACCAACAAGACUGGUCCGUUCUAGAAGCUCAGGGAGUAGAGCACACCAACAAGGGACACGACCCCCCUGCGGCGUCUAGAUGUCUCCACUCAAUUCGAUUCUUCUUCUUUUCUUUUUUUUCUGUUUGUGUAUAAAAUCUGAUUUUUUUUCCUAUUUUUCCCUCAAAACUGUACAUUUCGCCCCCACAACACUAUAGGCAUCACAAGUUUAUUUUGUUCUCCACCCCCCCGCGUACCCCCAUUAAUUUGCCCCCAUACGGUUUUUUCACUGCAAAUUUGUAGAACCAGUCCGCAGUUUUUUCCCGUUUUGAGCCAGAAUCGCAGGUUAUUCCUCCCGGAAACCUCGACAUUUUCUCCCGAUCCUCUUCGUCUUCGUCUCCCAACUUCUUUUCUAAGAUUCCCAUUUUCCCUCAAGUUUUUCCCCCCAGUUUAUUCAGCGCGUAACAAAACAAAACAAUGUGUGUCGGCGGGUAUUUUUUUCAAAAAAGAAACAUUCAAAAAAUCCCCCAAAAAAUAAAUGAUGUUCCCUGUUUCUAGGCCCCCCUCUGAUUCGAUUCGACUCCCCACAACCUUUUGCUACAACUGAAAAAUUUCACUUUAAUUUACUCUCUCCAGAUUUUUUGGUUUUCCGAUCCUCUCCUCCAGACACCCAUAGGCGCUUAUAUAUAUUUGAUUCGACAACCAAUUCUGUAAUUUAUGUACAUAUAUGACAAUGAUUCCAAAAACACCCAACAAAAAACAUUGUUUUUUUCAUUAUUUUCCUAUUGCGUUUUAAUGAAAAUAUUGUGCUG